AUGUGGCCGGCCGCCGACAGGCUGCUGUUCACGUCAGGGCGCUCCCUCCGACUUACAAUGCCCCUGGAGUUGCCCGACCCGCUGCCCGCCAACCUCGGUGAGUACGCCCGCGUGCUCUACCGCCGUCACUUUGCCCACGAGUUCGCCCUGGGGACCGUCAAGCCCUUGAUCAUCCCCCAGUCUGUCCUCGUGACCUUCGGCCUCCCCAUCCUGUACUUCACCAUACCCCACCGGAACCGGCCAUGGCUGUUCAGGGCUCGCUACCUGCUCAUGUUGUUCAUAGUCCUGUACAAUGCCCGCGAGUCCUUCGUCACCACCAGCCCUAACUUCGCCAUGGGCUAUGCUGUUGGUCUCAUGCAGGCCUGGGGCAUCAUCUGGAACAUGACCUUGCUUGUAUUUAUGAAGCCGCAGUUCGACGCCGAGAGGGUUGAGAAACGCAGAGCAAGGCCGUCUGCCAACGGCCACGCGGCACGAGUAAAUGGGUCCUCAAACGGAGAUGCCCGGGCUUCAGGCGCUGACGACAACGUGCGGCCGGUGCAGAACAGCAGCAACGGGCACGUCGUUACCGGCGUAAAUGGCAACUCAAAGGCACCACCAGCGCAGACCCAAGAGUCGCUGCACGCCGGACACACCAUAGCCGACCAUGUGCCCGAUGAGGACGUGGCAAGGAGCCUUGCCGAGGGGUAUGAAUACUACUGGCAGUCGUACCCAGAGCAGGACCCGUGGCUGACCAGGCUCGACUGGUCCUUCGACCUCGUCACCUCGUUCCGCGGCACCGGCUGGAACUGGUUCAUCCCCGUGGCACCGCACUUCUCCAAGCCAGAGCGACCCCAGUCCGGCUCGCCCGUCGACCUGGCAUCCAUCCCCGAGUCCACGCCCCAUGGCUACCGCCGCUACACCACGCGGCGGGCCUGGCUCCGCGCCGAGGUGGGCAGCUUCGCCAUCGGCUACCUGGCCCUCGACGCCCUCAGCGUCCUGAUGAUGAAGGACCCCUACUUCAUCCUGGGGCCCGAGUACACGCGCUCGGCCGUCCCCGUCCCCGUCCCCUUGCCCGGCCUCCUCGCCGCCCUGCCCCCCUGGCUCCUCUUCACCUACCGCUGCCUGGUCUCCUUCUCCGGCGUCCUCGCCGCCAUCUCCAUGGUCAUGAAGCUCUGGCAGCUCAUCUGCGCCUUUGCCCUCCGCCCGCUCCUCGGCACCCGGGCGGAGCUCUGGCACUACCCGACCCUGAUGGGCGGCUUCACGCACAACGUCCUCGACAGGGGGCUCGCCGGCUACUGGGGCGCCUGGUGGCACCAGACCUUCCGCGUCGCGUUUGGCGCCCCGGCCGCGUGGAUGGCCUCCCCUGCCGGCGACGGGCGCCGCCGCCAGGUGAGCAAGACGCUGGCGGGCCUCUUCGCCUUCGCGCAGUCGGGCUUCCUCCACGCCCUGGGGUCCGCGAGCUGCCUCCCGCCGUCCAGGCCCUGGGCCCCGCCCGUCUUCUUCAUGCUGUCGUGGGUAGGCAUCCUGCUGCAGUCGGCGGCGUGCGGGGCCAUGCGCCGGGCCGGCAUCACGCCCAGACUCCCCACCUGGGCGACGAGGGCGGGCAACUUUGUGUUUGUGUCCCUCUGGCUCGGCAGCACGCAGUACUGGAUGCUCGACGACAUCGCGCGCUCGGGCAUAUGGCUGCUCGAGCCCGUCCCCGCGUCGCUGUUCCGCGCCCUCGGGCUUGGGGAGCCCGGGGACCACUGGCUUAGGUGGACCUGGGAUGAGCUGCCUCGGCUCCACGCUGGGCAGCACUGGUGGGAUGGCGGGGUUGCGCUGUGA